AUGUCCUACAGGUCAUGGUUCUAUAACACAAACGUCAUACAUCAGAAUGCACAUUUGAUUGUCAACUUUCUGUUUUCCCCAGUGAAAGACUUGGCCCUUCGACAACUACAGGAAGAUCCCAGCAAAUUCCUUCCUACGCUGUUUCAGGGGCAGAGCUACGGAGUCAGCUGGAUUUUUCAAGACAUUCUGUACACGAACUUCAAUGUCACAGACAGCGCCGUGGAAAUCAACAGUCCCCUGAACUUUGACCUUUGGUUGAGUGAACUCAGUGCUAGCGUGGACGGUCGGUUCACUUCUGGUUCCCGCACCACGAACAUAGACAGUAUUAAGCUGACUGACCUUCACCUUAAUCUCAAGCUGAAUUCAGGCCUGGAUAGGAACGAGAAACCCGUGGUUUAUAUUGACGACUGUAGCUUCACGUUUGGUGAUCUGGUACUAGGGUACGCCGGUGGAUCAUAUCAGAUGUACCAUGCCUUGACCACCACAUACCACUCCCACGUCAAGAAUGUGUUGACCGAUGAGGUUUGCUACGCACUGACGACUUUAGUUGAGCAGAUUAAUGGUCGUUUCCAGUGGGUAGACAAUGGAAUCAUUUAUGACUACAGUCUAACCGCACUGCUAUAUGGCACUAACCAAUACAUUGAGUCGCAGCACAGGGGUGAGCACAGGAUGACCACUGGUCAGAGCAGUCCUUACACACCUGUACACAUGCCAGACUUCCAGGAAAACGACGCCAUGUUCUACGUGAUGGUCAACGAGUACGUGGUCAAGACGGCGAUGUUUGUACUAGACCAGAGCAAUCGUCUGUAUGUCCAGCUGGAACCUCAACAGCUGUCUGAGACUUGCACAAACUUGCUGCUGUCGGUGAUAGACAGAGAUGUCUCGGUAAUCAAUACUUCAAAAUACAUCCCCGUGCUUACCUUCAUCAGGACAACAUGA